UGUUUCAAUCAGUAACCCAAAGAUAUUUUAACACUUCUUUUUCUUUCUUUUGUUAUAGGAACAUUUCUAUGAUCCUUUGUCACAUACAGGAUUUCUAGAAAUGAGGCUACGGAAUGUCCGACGAAACCUAGAAGAGGGCCAGCGACGCUACCACAAGAGAAAAUUUGGAUGUAAUUCUGCAUUGGCUCAACCGUCUACCCUGCAGCCAUCUACAGUGCAGCCAUUAGAUGAUGAAGACCUUAGUGAAUGGAUGUCGAUCAUCAAAAGGAUGAAACCAUCAUCAGAGAACAUGGCACCAAUAAAGACAGCAAUGGAAAAAACGUUCAGCCAUCGCCGAAAUUGGAUCAGCACCAAGUCUCCAACUGUUGCAGACAUUGUCCAACAUUACCCUCGUUUUAUUGACAUCCCAAGUCUGCUGGAUGCAGAGUUUCUGAAAAUGUUCGAGGGGAAAGCAGAGUUGUUCAUUCGGAGGUGGGAGCCGUCAUUCAUCCCCAAACUGAGGAAGGUUGCUGCUCUGGAGAAGGGAGUGGUGUCCUCCUUACUUGAUCAGGAAGGAGAACAGAAUGAUGAUGAGGUAUGCUACAGUGCAUUAAAGAUUCUGACUCACCUACUGCCACCAACUGCGUCAGGACGGGGAUCAGCCUCAACACGAUGCAGUGUGAAGUCGGCCAUUUCAUUCCUGAUCAACUUUGUUCCGCAUGGGACAAGCAUCUCCUCCCUUUGCACGUAUGAUGAGCGAUCGUCAAGGACGCAGCCAGAGCUUGUCUGCAUUGGUCAUCUGAAGAGCCCAGCACGACAGUUCGUCAUUGUUGCCAGAAAUGAUGGAGUCACAAUUCCACUACAUGAUGACAGCUUAACCUGUGCUUUGGAUAAGCUCUUCAAGUUCUUCUGGGUAUGCAAUGUUGCUUAUCCUGCUCAGAUUGCGUCAGUGUUCAUCUUUUUUGAGCACAUUUAUGACUUGCCAGUGUCAAAGACUGUUAGACGACCCAAAGUUUUGGAACUCCUGGGAAAAGUCCAGGCUUUGGCUUAA